GAGCAUUAGUGAGACACAAAAAUCCAACAUGCCGUCCUCCUCUUAUGGGGAGAACAUGUGUGUCGUCUUGUCCUGGGGGGGUGCUGUGGUGAUCGGGCCAAACAAAGUGUUGAUUGUGAGCUGUGAUGAUGAUGUCAGGAGCAUGUGAACCAGCGCUCAGCUGAUCUUCUCACUCUAAGGCUGGAGCUGCAGCUGCACGGAGGUGAGUUCUUUGCGUCUCCAUUCUGUUCUAUCUCUAUAAGUCCGGGUAUUUGAGGAGGUUCGGGAAAGUAGAACGUUACAUCUUUGGACCAGGUCAUCAUGUCAAGUCAAGUCCUUCCUGGGACCAAAUGUUGAUAACUUGUGUUUUGAAUAAGAUGUGUCUUUUUGGAACUAAGACUAACCAAAGGCCAUUUUUGCUUCCCAACUGAGGUCUUUUUUUUCCAUCAUGGAACGCAAACUGGAUUUAUCACGUCUGACCGACGAGGAAGCUAAGCACGUCUGGGAGGUGAUUCAACGGGACUUCAACCUGCGCAAGAAAGAAGAAGAGCGACUAGGCAAGCUGAAGGACUCCAUCGACAAGGAGGACAACAAACGGGAGCUGCUGGGUUCGCAGAACAACUUGGCCGACUCUCUGUGCAUCCGCUGCCUGCAGCCCUUCAAGUUCCUGGUCAACAGCAAGCGUCGGUGCCUGGACUGCCGCUUGUUCACCUGCAAGUCCUGCAGCCGCUACAACAAGAAGGAGCACGGCUGGGUGUGCGACAACUGCCGCAUGACCAGGGUUCUGAAGAUCGGCACCCUGGGGUGGUACCAUGACAACGUCCGGAAUCGAUUUAAACGCUUCGGCAGCGCCAAGGUCAUGAGGUCACUCUACAAGAGGCUGAACGGAGAAGGUGGGCGUGACGAUGACACCCAGAGCAUGCCGGAUGUCCGCAGCUACGGGUACAACGGCGCUGAGGAGGAGCAGGGCGACGUGGAGGCACAGAGAUACAAAUCGAUGCGUAAAAAGAAACGUCUGCUGUCCGUUCAUCCCUUUGACUUUGAGUCGGAGGAAUACUUCCCGUAUUCGCGGCGGGCAUCGAUGCAGGUAAAGCACGUAGGUAGGACAGUACAGGUAACACUUGCACACCUGAGCGGAUCUCCUCCUCAGCACAUUCAGGACGCCGAGUACGACUUCAACAUUCAGCGAAUGCAUCGUAGGAGGAGCCUGGACCGAUAUGCUCCGAGAAACGAUGAUUACGGCGACAGUCGCGCGGUCCGGACUCGUUCCCUAACCAAGAUGGGCUCGGCGGCUCGUCAGCAGUACAUGGACACGUCUGACGAGGAAGAGUGCGCAAGACUCCCGACCCUUUACCCGCCCCCGCCCUACCGCCGCCGCAACAGCCGCGCCUCCUCUCAGGAGAACUUGGGUUUCACCCCGCCUAUCAACCAGUUGAGCAAACGCAUGUCCGCCAUCGAGAACCUGCUGAGUCGCUUGGAGGAGAAGAUGACGCCCGACAAGGCGUCCGCUCCAUCGGGUAACGAGGAGGAGAACCUCAGGAAGAAGCUGAGCGAACUGGCCGGACAUCUGAGCGGCAAACGCCUGUCAUCCGAUGACGAGACCGACAAGAAGAAAAGCCUCGGCAGGGGGGCGUCCAUGAAGGAUCUCAGUUCUUCCAGCGAGGACCUCCCUAGUCAAGCUCAGAAGAGAUCCACGGCAUCGGCCCUCUGUGAGCUGACCACCGAGGCCCUGAGAAGCAUGAACGCCACCGAGAAGGCCAUGGUGGACUUUGGCCUGUCAGAGGCCGCCCACUCAAGCCUCAUGUUCAGUCCUGCUGAUGCUAAGCCGGCCCAUGAGGCCUUCAGGGAACUGGAGGAAAACGUGUAUGUGGCGGCCGGCCAGUCCUACGGAUUGGAGAGCAAGCUGCGGCGGCUGGAACAAAGCGCCAGAAAUCGCUUCGGCGGAGCCACCGACUCUGAGCUGUCGGAGUUGGAGGACGUGGUGGCGCUGACGGCCGCCCGGGUACAGGGCGCUGAAAGCGAGGUUUCUGAUAUCGAAAGCAAGAUUGCGGCUCUGAGCGCUGUGGGAUCCAAGAAGAAGAUGUCGUCAUCGCAGAGGAAAGCGUCCAUGCACGAGCACGCCGCCAGUAAGAACAGGUUCUUGCAGAACGUAACCCUUUCUACUCAAACACGCUCCUCUCUCCUCAGAAGCUGCCAAUGGAGCUGCCUGGAAGUCCAACAUCUCCUGAGGCUUCGUCCCUUCACCCAAAUCCGGAUGCUUUGUCGUCUCACCAGAACAACCAUAAAGUACCUCAGCACCAUCGUGGAGUUGAAAUACUGUAGUAUCCCAAAUACUGUGCCUUUCUUCCUCAAAUACAUUUCACAUAAGUUCCAAAGUUCAUACAUUAUCUUCACACGCUUUGAUGUCUUCCUGCCAUGAACACAUCUCCCUGACCUUAGUAUCGCUUUACGCUUCCGAGCCUUCUUCCUUCUGAUGAUGUCAUUAUUGCUUCUAGUCUCACACACCUUUGGGUGCCAUUUUGGAUAAUAAAUAUAGACUCCUCAUCACCGCAUCUGCCUCACCUGUUUGGCUUCCAUUAACUAGCACCUAACAGGAAAUAAAGUCAUCAUAUGAAGAAUAAACUAGUAAAUGUGGAUAGUACAUAUAGUGUAUCGUGUAGUAGAUGUUGAUAGUACAUAUAGUGUAUCGUGUAGUAGAUGUUGAUAGUACAUAUAGUGUAUAUUGUAGUAGAUGUUGAUAGUACAUAUAGUGUAUCGUGUAGUAGAUGUUGAUAGUACAUAUAGUGUAUCGUGUAGUAGAUGUGGAUAGUACAUAUAGUGUAUCGUGUAGUAGAUGUUGAUGGUACAUAUAGUGUAUCGUGUAGUAGAUGUUGAUAGUACAUAUAGUGUAUCGUGUAGUAGAUGUUGAUGGUACAUAUAGUGUAUCGUGUAGUAGAUGUUGAUAGUACAUAUAGAGUAUCGUGUAGUAGAUGUUGAUAGUACAUAUAGUGUAUAUUGUAGUAGAUGUGGAUAGUACAUAUA